UUCUGUCAAACCACCAACAAACCUGCCAGUUGAGGGGAACUCAGUCAGCUUAACCUGUGAGGCUUCUGGCUCAGUCUUUACCAGAAACUGGAUGAAGGAUGGCUCAGAUUUGACCCUCGCUGACAACAUGACCCUUUCUGACAAUAACAGAGUGUUGACCUUUAACAUCGUGAAGAGAAAAGACAAAGGAGAAUAUUUCUGUGAUAUCAGCAACCCCAUCAGCAGUGAUAGAGCUAAAUAUGUCAUGGUUGUUAAUUAUGGACCAGAAAAUGUUCAAAUCGAAGGUCCAAAAAAGAUAAAUAUCAAAGGCACCUUAACUUUGACCUGCUCUGCUGACUCCACACCAUCUGCCAGAUUCACCUGGUUCUUUAAUGGGACAGAGAUAACCAGGAAUUCUGCUGAGUACAUUAAGGAAGAGGUUAAACUUUCUGACAGUGGCAACUACACCUGUCAAGCAUGGAAUAAUGUAACUGAUAGAACAUCUUCAUCGGUAGUGCAUGCACUGACUGUAACAGACAAGCCAUCACCAUGUGCUGCUGGUUGCAUCGCUGGAAUAGUAAUCGCGUGUUGUGUCAUCAUAGCUGCAGCUGUUGGUGGAGGGUACUACAUUUAUAAGAGAAAGUAUGAGUUGAACUAUGCAGACAUCAAGUUUUUCCCAAACAGAAAUGGCGGGAGAGUUCAGACGGGGUUAGAGAAUGACUCCACAGAUUAUGCUCAUGUCCAAAUGAACAGCAGGGCUCUUGCAGCAUCCACCCUUCCUACAUAUGACACCCACAUGAAUCGAGCGAAGAGGCCAGCCCCUCAGCCUGAGACUAAUGGUGCACAGAUUUACUCUCAGAUUCGCAAACACUGA